CGGUCGAAUCGUCUCGGUAGUAAAAGUGUUUAAUCGUUUUGUAAUUUACGCGGGGUUAUCGUGCGUUAUCGAACGAAAUCGCAGCACUCGAGAUGCAGCAACAAAUCUUCUUGUUGCUAGCAACGGUGCUGCUGGUUUUGCUGAGCGAGGUUGUUACCGUGACGACCACCACGAGCGGAUCAUCGAACAGCGCGAACCGGGUUCCUCUGGAUCCCCAGAAUACCCGCGUCUGGGGUCCGGGGGUGGAAAUACCGGAUCGUGCCACUCUGCCUGCACGCUACUUUUUCAUCGAACCGCGUGAUGCGGAUAAUCUAAAAAUUAAUGAAUCACAAAAAUAUGACGUACACAUUAUCGGACAAUCUCGGUUCGGAUCUUGUCGUUAUCGAUUAAAUCAGAUCGAUCGGCACGAUGGUUCCUCCAUCCUACGCUACCGGCUGGCCGAAUCAUGCACUGACGUCACCAUCCACGUUCGCCAUAAUGGGGCUCAUCUGAACGGAUCCCCAUUCGCAAUCGCCGGUCCCCUCUACACCGAGCAGUGCUACUGUCCACAGGGUUCCGCCGACGAGUGGCUAGAAUCGGUCGGUUGCCCUCCCGGCGAUCCGCAGAUCGAUAUGGAUUUGAUCCCGUUCAGGGCGAUCAAUUUCUCCAGUCUGCGAACCCGUAUGAUCCAACAGUACGACAAACCGGGGAGCAUAUCACACUGUAACUACGUAAUCCUGCGGAACGACGUACACCGGCGUUGCUAUGGGCAACAUACGGGAUUUAGCAAAUUCAUGGACACCAUACUGUUGUCGCUGGCACGCAAGUUCUCGCUGCCCGAUAUGGAGCUAUUCGUAAAUCUGGGCGACUGGCCGCUGGUGAAGAAGGGUGGCCCAAGCCGGACCACGGGACCAUAUCCAAUCUUCUCCUGGUGUGGCAGUGACGAUACCUUCGAUAUCGUGAUGCCAACGUACGAUAUCACCGAGUCCACGCUGGAAAACAUGGGCCGCGUGAUGCUGGAUAUGCUAUCGAUCCAGAAACGUGGCAUUCCAUGGCCGGACAAACACCGGAAGGCGUUUUGGCGAGGCCGAGAUGCACGUCGCGAGCGGUUGGAACUGGUACGGCUCGCACGCCGUCAUCCGGACCUGCUUAACGCUUCGUUGACGAAUUUUUUCUUCUUCCGCGAUGAGGAGAGCGAGUUUGGGCCCCGAGUGGCACACAUUUCGAUGCAUGAUUUCUUCGACUAUCGGUAUCAGGUGAACGUGGAUGGCACAGUGGCCGCCUACCGAUUACCGUACCUGCUGGCCGGCAGUUCGGUUGUGAUGAAGCAGGAUUCGUUUUACUACGAGCACUUCUACCGGAAACUGGUUCCGAUGCGCCAUUACAUACCAUUCGAGGCGGAUCUGUCCAAUCUGCUGCAGCAGGUGGAGUGGGCUCGCGAAAACGACGAGAAAGCGCAGGAGAUCCGGGACAAUGCGAACGCGUUCAUUAACGCCAAUCUGCUCCCGCUGGACAUCUACUGCUAUCAUGCACUGCUGUUCAAGGAGUACGCCAAAUACAUCGUCAGUCCGAUUCAGGUGCAGCCUGGAAUGGAGAAGAUCGAGCAACCGGAAGAAGCUUACCAUUGUCCCUGUGAGAGGACAACCUUACCAAGAGAUGAAUUGUAAAAAGGGACUCUAAAUAGUUAAGCGAUAUACGCAUCUCGGACCAAAAAAAUCGCGACAGCAAAAUAUCAUUCCACGGAACAAACCUUGCAACCUGUAUCCAAGCUGUGAUCUAUUAGUUCUUUCGCAUGCCUCAGCUACCCUUCAUUCAGAGAGCGAUAGAAGUAGGUAACAGGGCAUUCGUAUAGGCAUCCUCUCCUUCUUCUUCAAUCUGCUAUUCCGUUAACACGGACACGGCGUACGGAGGUAGUGUUGUUCCUAGUCGAAAGUAUUAAAGAGGAUGAAUUUCUCUGCCAAACUACUCGAAUACUGGUGGCCAAAGUGAAUUUUUUUUGGCGACUCACCUCCGGCACCAUAUGUGGUGAUGAAGGGCUAACUUAUCACUGUUUUUAGUAGUUCAAAGAAUACCACUUAACGCUCUCUGCACGUCCUUUGCUGGCCCUGCUGAUGGUUUCUUAGAAUAUUUAUCGGGCAAAAGCAAUGGUCACACCUUGACACGUUACUGUUCAGAGUUUGCGAGUAGUUACCGGGCCGCUCUACGGUGUGGCUGGUUUCCACGGUGUCCUACUGUCUGUGUAGCUCGUGGUGCUUACACGUAGAGUCAGCUAAAGAAUUCAAAUUAAAGUGAAUAAAGUUGAAUACAU